UCUAGCACGUAACCGGAGAGCAAGAGGUGCUGCAAUGGCAAUGGCAUCGAAGCUAUGUUUCCUUUCGAAUUAUGAGCAUCGUCUUAUGAGUGCUUCACCAUCAUCAAAAUCAUGGCGGUUUUCUCCGAUGAAGGUAAUGAUCAAAAUCAAAAGUCAAACUCAGAGUUUACAACUGAAAGCUUCAUCGAAGAAGAAGCGACGUCCGGAGAACGUUGAUGGAGAGUUCUUCGUUGAUCAUACGUGCAUUGAUUGUGAUACCUGUCGUUGGAUGGCCCCGGAAGUCUUCACCCGUGUUGAUGGCAUGUCUGCUGUUUCAAAGCAGCCAAGCUGUCAAGAUGAACGCCUAAAGGCUCUUCAGGCUCUCCUUUCAUGUCCAACCAGCUCAAUCUCUACUGAGAAACCUGCUCAUGAUAUCUUAGAAGUUCAAAAGACAUUUCCAAUACCUAUUGACGUGGAGAGAAUUCCGGGGGUGUAUCAUUGUGGUUAUCACUCUGAUAAAUCAUAUGGAGCAACAUCCUAUUUGAUUGUUCAUCCUGAAGGGAACAUUCUUAUUGACAGUCCGAGGUACACAGAAAGGCUGGCUUGCAACAUCGAGAAGAUGGGUGGAGCUCGAUACAUGUUUCUCACACACAGGGAUGAUGUUGCAGAUCAUCAAAAGUGGUCAGAGCGGUUAAAUUGUGAAAGAAUUCUUCACUCCACUGAAGUAGAUGUUUCGACCAUCAAUGUAGAGACAAAGCUGACCGGAUGUGGACCAUGGAGUCUUAGUGAUGAUAUCCAGCUUAUACACACCCCAGGCCACACAGAAGGGUCGGUCUGCUUGUUUUACAAGCCCUUAAAAGUACUUUUCACGGGAGAUCAUCUGGCAAUUGAGGAAUCUUUGUUGGACAUUGCUGAGCAGUACAAUAAAGAUUCAGUGUCUAUACAGUUGGAUAGUGUCGCCAUGUUGCUUGAGCUGGAGUUCGAGUGGAUGUUACCAGGUCAUGGAAGGAAAGCUGUAUACAAGGAUGUUGAAGAGAAGAAUUCCAGCCUCAAAGCCUUCUUGGCUGCUAAACGGCAUACCGGCUAUUUCUAGUAGCCACGGCCGACUAAGGUAUUGUAAGCUUUGUUCGUGAUCUCGUUAAUUUGAAUUUAUGUCGUAAGCCCAUUCUAAAUUCCAAAGGCUCGGCCUUGGUGAAAAGAGGAUUUGAGAAAACUCGACUCUGGAUUACUCUUGGUGAUUAAAACAUUCAAAGUUGAAUUUCGAUCAUGUAGAAUUCAAUCUUGCCGUGUAAUAUUAAAGUCGGGUGGGGUUCGUAUGUGUGGUGUUUAAAUUUGAGAG